AUGACUGCACUAACAGAUAUAGUGCCUUUUCCUCCUGGUCACUAUGAAGAAUUUGAUUUGAAGCAUAAUGGAAAAGUUUCCCAAAUGAAAUGUGCGCAAUUUCAUAAUUUUAAAGAUAUUCCAAAACAUAUUGCCUUUGAUACAGUGGAGCAGUUGACUGCAGAUUUUGACUUGGAGAUCGUCAAAAAGAACAUUCAACUUCUUCUUCAAAAUGCAGUAAAUAAGCGUUUGAUGUCCCAAAGAAGAAUUGGUUGUCUUUUAUCAGGUGGUUUGGAUUCUAGCCUAGUUGCUGCCUUGGUUUUAAAACAGAUGGAGAAAUACAAUCAUUUAAAUUACCCUGUGCAGACGUUUUCAAUAGGAAUGGAAGAAAGUGUUGAUAUACUUGCUGCACGCCAGGUUGCAGAACAUAUUAAAAGUGAACAUCAUGAAAUUAUCUUCACACCUGAAGAGGGCAUCCGGGAAAUAGAAAACGUGAUUUUCAGCCUCGAGAGUUAUGAUGGCACUACAAUUCGUUCUGCUCUUGGAUUGCAUUUAGUGUCCAAGUAUAUACGUGAGAAUACUGACACCAUUGUCAUUUUCUCCGGGGAAGGUGCAGAUGAACUUGCAUUGGGAUAUUCACAUUUUCAUAAGUUAACACCUUCUGGAGACUUAACUGUCACCACGCUGCCGCACCUCGAUACAACGUUGUAUGGCUGGCAUUGUUCAGGAUCAAGUUCUGAUUCCCUUCCAACUUCCUUCGUUGUCAUGGCUCUUGGCGAAUUGCGACAAAUCGCACAAAGUUCUCUGCUUCAUUUCUAG